UUUGUUGCCCACGACAGUAAUGGCGUCUAAGGGAGCUCGGCAGCGGAGCAAAGGAACCGGUGGUGGUGAAAGGGAGGAUAAUAGCGGAAAGCAAAGAGAAGAAAGCCGGGUGUCCGAGCACCGAGCCGAGUCUACGUGUAGUAAAGCGGGCCAGGUGUGGGCACCAGAAGGCGCUACUGCAUUUAAAUGCCUAAUAUCUGCUAGGUUUUGUGCAGCUCUUCUCAGCAAUAUCUCAGACUGCGAUGAAACCUUCAAUUACUGGGAGCCGACUCACUACCUCGUUUAUGGCAAAGGAUUUCAAACAUGGGAAUAUUCUCCAGCCUAUGCCAUACGCUCUUAUGCUUACCUUUGGUUACAUGCAUUACCAGCUUGGUUCCAUGCAAAUAUCCUUCAGGCAAACAAGGUUCUCGUGUUUUACUUCAUACGAUGUUUCUUGGCUUUUAUUAGUUGUGUGUGUGAACUUUAUUUCUACAAAGCUGUAUGUAAAAAGUUUGGGCUCCAUGUUGGGCGAAUCAUGUUGGCUUUCCUAGUCCUCAGCACAGGAAUGUUUUCUGCAUCUGCUGCUUAUCUUCCUAGUACGUUCUGUAUGUAUACUACUGUAAUAGCCAUGACCGGCUGGUAUAUGGAGAAGAUCUCUGUGGCGGUACUCGGUGUGGCUGCUGGAGCUAUCUGGGGCUGGCCAUUUAGUGCUGUUCUUGGGUUUCCCAUUGCUUUUGACUUGCUGUUUAUAAAACAAAAGUGGAAGAGUUUUAUAAAUUGGUGUGUGGUUGCACUAAUAAUAUUUCUGAUUCCCCUGGUGGCUAUAGACAGUUAUUACUAUGGAAAGCUUGUCAUAGCACCUCUUAAUAUUGUGCUGUACAAUGUCUUUACACCUCAUGGACCUGACUUGUAUGGAACAGAACCCUGGCCAUUUUAUUUCAUCAAUGGCUUUCUCAACUUCAACGUAGUCUUCAUUUUGGCCCUGUUGGCUUUGCCCCUGACAUGGCUAAUGGAGUACCUUUUGCAGAAAAUUAACACAGUUCAGAAUCUUGGAAGUCCAUACUGGCUAACACUGGCUCCAAUGUAUAUUUGGAUUUUGAUUUUCUUCACAAGGCCUCAUAAGGAGGAGAGAUUUAUUUUCCCCAUUUACCCAUUGAUCUGCUUGUGUGGGGCAGUGGCUCUUGCUGCGCUACAGAAAUGUUACCAUUUCCUAUUCCAGCGAUAUCGUCUGGAACAUUACACAGUCUCUUCCAACUGGUUGGCACUUGGUACCGUUUUACUAUUUGGUUUCUUGUCAUUUUCCCGCUCUAUAGCCUUGUUCAGAGGUUACCAUGGCCCGUUGGAUUUAUACCCAGAGUUUCAUCGCAUUGCCAAAGACCCAUCUAUUCACGCUGUUCCAGAGGGCAAAAGUGUGAAUGUGUGUGUUGGAAAGGAAUGGUACCGGUUUCCCAGCAACUUCCUUCUUCCAGAUAAUUGGAAUCUCCAGUUCAUUGAAUCAGAAUUCAGGGGACAGCUACCUAAACCGUAUGGUAAGGGCCGACGAGCAACCAAAAUCAUUCCCAAGGACAUGAACGAUCAAAAUCUGGAGGAGACAUCAAGAUAUGUUGAUAUAAGUAAGUGUCAUUAUUUGGUUGAUCUGGACACAACCAGGGAAACGGCACGAGAGCCUCGUUAUUCUUCAAAGGAGGAGUGGGUAGCCAUAGCUUACAAACCUUUCCUGGAUACCUCAAGAUCUUCAAAAUUCUUCCGUGCAUUUUAUGUCCCAUUUGUCUCUAGCUGGCACACAACGUAUGCUAAUUACACCAUUUUGAAAGCCCGACGGCCUAAGCAGGUAAAGAAGAAGAACAUUGGAUAAAAGGAGGCUGAAGUGACACCAUCAGUCAAUUAUAUUUUCUGUUCACCUGCUAACACUGCCAAAGGAGCUUUUGAAAAACUUGUCUAGUGCGGCAGAUGAGCAUCCACCUUCUCAAUGUACCCAACAGUCUACUGAUAUGUUAUUAAUACUUCUGUCUUUACAAUGACCAGUACCCUGCAAAAUACCACUUUACAAUGUGAACUUAGGAUUUUUACCAGGUGAUAGCGUGUGUAAAGGCAGAUUUCAUACGUGUUCUGUGUGUUCCUGGUGUGUGUGUGUGUAUGGAGGUGUAUGUCCAUAUAUACAUAUAGAAUCCAAACCCUGGACUUGGGAAGUGCACAAAUCUUAUUUAUAGGACUGAAAUGUUGUUCAAUAAUUCUAUACAAGUUUACAUAAUUUUGUGUUUAAUUUUCACAUAUUCAGUUUUGAAGUUCAAUUUCAAUGAUUCUGACGGUUUCAGUAUUGUAAGAUACAGCAAGAGAAUAAUCAACUCUUAUAUAGCAAUUGGAAUUCAGUACUUACUCUGCUCCCUGUACGUACAUACAUACUCCUUAAAUUUAUAAAUGUCCACCAUGUGAAAUAUUCAGUUAGUGGAGCUCCAUGCAGACAUAUCUUAUUUUAUAAUAAUUUAUAAUAAUAAUAAUAAUAAUAAUAAUCUUCCUUACUGUAGUAGCUAAAAAGUUCACAGAUUAACCACUUAAGCCCCAGACCAUUUUGCUGGCCAAAGACCAGGCUACUUUUUGCGAUUCGGCACUGCGUCGC